AUGCCUGCCCCUGUCAUCGUCAACUCUCAUCCCGUCCUCCCCGUGAGGGAGCUCGGGGCCGACGAGGAGUACGUCAUGGAGUCUUUUGAGCGACACGCCGACCACUGUUACCAGUGCAACGACCCCUUCCGGACUCACCAGGAGGGCCGCCAGCUGUGUGACCGCGGAGACCAGUACGCCACCGACGUCGACAAGUACCUCUACUCCAAGAACAGCAAGUCAUACUCGACCGUCGACCGUGAGCGCAACCAGCCAACACUCGUCAAGAUCCCACGCGAGUGCAUCGCUACCCGUGAGCUGCUCCUCGCUAUCGAGGACGGCCUCAUCCUGAAGCACAAGGCAAAGGCCCAGAAGCUCCUGACCGAAAAGUCCAACACCCCGGUCAUCAGCUACGACCGCUCAUACCACGUUGCCCCUCGCCGCUCCUCACCUGUCACUGAGAUCAUCGAGCGCCAGCCGCGCACAGUCAAGAGCCGCCGCGUUAUCGUCUACCCUUCUCCGCACCGUGGAUCCUCCAGCCGUGGCUCCCCAUCCAGGGGAUCGCUCUACGACUCGGACGCAGCUGACCGUAUCGAGCGGGUUAAAGAGUCCUCGCGCAUCUACCGGCCGGCUGAGUACCACCGCUGA